AUGAUUCGUGUUUUAAUUCUGACGAUUCUAAUCAAUGAAAUAUUAGCUGUUUCAUUUAAUCAACCAAAAUUUUGUCCAACAGUAAAAUGGAAUUUGAAAGGAGAACGGUUCACUGCUACAGAAAUCACUGCUACAGAAAUGCUUAGAAGUCUACCGCUUAUUCUGUUUAUUGAUACAAACAAUACAAUAUACGUUAAUUCUGGAAAAGAAGAUGUCAUAUCAGUUUGGUAUAAGGAUCGUUCUCAUCCGAAAUCGAUUAGCUACUUAUCUAAGGUAGAAAUAUUAUCUAUGUUCGUAAUCGAUAAUGGUGAUAUUUAUAUUGCUUAUCUUAAUAAUACAAUUUCUAAAUGGAUAGCAAGUACAGAUAGCUUUGUUCAUGUUAUGAAUGGUGAGUCCAUAUGUGCUGAUCUUUUUAUCGAUGUCAAUAAUAAUUUAUAUUGUUCAAUGGUUUGGGAGCAUGUUGUUAUAAAAAGGUCCUUGUACAAGGAUAAGAAAACGGAUAUAGUGAUUGUAGCUGGUACAGGCUCUGGAGGCUCUGCUGCAUAUCAAUUAAGCUAUCCCACAGGGAUUUUUGUUGAUACAAAUUUGGAUUUAUAUGUCGCAGAUGGGCGAAAUAAUCGAAUUCAAUUGUUUCAUUCAGGUGAAAGAAAUGCAACGACAGUAGCAGGACAAGGUUCAUUGGAUUUUACAAUCUCACUGUUGGAUCCUUGGUCAAUUGUAUUAGAUCAUGAAAAAUAUCUUUUUAUCCUGGACUAUGGAAAUGGCCGUGUAGUUCGAUCAGGACCACAUGGAUUUCAAUGUUUACUUGGAUGUAUUGCGAAAGAAAUAAAAGAAUAUCGACUUUUGUACCCAUCUAGAUUAAGUUUCGAUGUGAAUGGAAAUUUAUUUGUUUGUGAUGCAAACGGUAGACGAAUUCAAAGAUUUACUCUACAAAAAGAUUCUUGUGUUAAUGUUCCAUCCACAACUGAAACAACAUAUUCAUCUUUUUUAACAUACAAUCAUACAAUGUUUUCACGUACUUUAUUCGAUCAUCCAUAUUAUUAUUUUGAAUCUAUAGAAAUAAUUGUCUAUAAGAAUGACUUUUAUGUUAUCACUGCCAACAGUAGUAUCGAUCUUUACGGUUUUGUAUACAAAGAUCAUUUCGACCGAUUCAAUCCCACAGCAAACCUUCUUGCAUGGUAUGGUAAAUGUUGCAAUAAAGAUCAGUUUAAAUUUACACUUGAACUUCAAAACAGUUUGAAAUACGUACUAGUUGUAACAACAUAUGAACAGAAUGUGAUAGGCCCAUUUUCAAUCAUCAUAUUCGGUUCAAAUAGCGUUCAUCUUCGACGAAUGGAGGUUCCAUUUAUAAACGUACUCUCGAACAUGGAUAAUGGCUGUCAAGGUUAUCAUGAUCCGAUUACUGUUAGAAUGAUGAAUGAUACUCGAUAUAUAUUGGUGGUAACAACAUGUUCCGAAUUUAUGACAGGACAUUUUUCAAUUGAAAUACUUGGUAAAAACAAGGUCACUUUUCAGCCUGUCAAUGCGUCUUCGAUUAUUUCCUCGACAUACUCAUCACAAAUAACAAAUGAUAGUAAAACAUACUAUAAAGACUGCAACAUGUCACCUUAUUACUAUGAAGCUGUUCGACUAACUGUACCGACAAAUGCAGUUUAUGCCUUUUCUACUGAAAGAGAAAAGAUGACUGUACCACUGUAUAUCUACAAACAUCAAUUCGAUCCAAUACAGCCACGAAGAAAUCAGAUUCCAGUCAAAUAUUACGGUUGUCGUACUCAUAAUUAUGUGGAAUUCACAGCUAUGCUUCAAGCUAAUAUUACAUAUAUAUUAGUUGUAACAGAUGUUAUACCAAUGAAGACGACCCCAUUUUUUAUUACAGUAUAUUGGUCGACAAAUGUCACUUUGGAAGCGUUUAGUGAUAAUUCAACCUAUUGUUAUAUUGGUGGUCCAUGUGAGACUCACAUGAAAAGUAUUGGUCUCACUCUUGAUGAUAUUUUAUAUUAUAAAAUUAAUCGAAACAUGACGAUCAAUGGUCAAUCGCUGGCUAUUAAGAUUAGUGGUGCAUUAACAAUCAUAAUGUUUGUUGUUGGUGCCAUCAGUAGUGCUUGUUCAAUUUUGACUUUCCAAAAUGAAAAGCUACGACAAGUUGGAUGUGGAUUAUAUCUUUUGGCAUCAUCAAUCACAUCUCUUGUCACUAUCACUCUAUUUACAAUCAAAUUUUGGUUUGUUAUCAUUACACAAAUGGAUACGUCUAUUCGUCUAUCUAUUCUUGAAAGUGGUUGUAAAUCGAUUGAUACUCUGCUCAAACUUUUUUUUUGUUGGGAUGCUUGGCUCAAUGCAUGUGUAGCUGUGGAACGUGCAGUUAGCGUUCAUCGAGGAAUCAGUUUUAAUAAAGACAAAAGUAAGCGUUAUGCACGAUUGGUCAUAUUCAUUUUACCGUGUUGCGUCAUGGCUACACUCAUUCAUGAACCAUUAUAUCGUCUUGUCUUCGACUAUGAAACAAGGGAAAGACAGAUAAUCUCUAUAGAAGAAAGAGCUCCAGCAGGCACUGUUAUUGACAAAUAUGCUGUAUGCAGAACAUCUUAUUCAUCAUCAGUUCAAGAUUAUGACACAGCUAUUCUCUUCAUUCAUCUUGUUGGUCCAUUCAUCAUUAAUCUUCUUUCUGCUUUAUUCAUCAUUAUUAGAAGUGCUCGACGACGAUUAGCAGCUCAAAAGAAACAAACAUAUAAACAACAUGUUUGUGAACAAUGGAAGGAACAUAAACAACUCAUCAUUAGUCCUAUCGUCUUACUUCUUCUAUCAACACCACGUUUGAUCGUCUCAUUAUUAUCUGCAUGCCUCAAGGUAGCUGAUUAUGCAUGGUUGUAUCUAUCAGCAUAUUUUAUAUCAUUUUUACCAUCAAUACUCAUAUUUGUUAUAUUUGUUAUUCCAUCGACAUCAUACAGAAAAACGUUCAAANCUAGUUAUAGAUCAAUACAACUGAACGUGAUUGAAAAUGAUUUUUAUACAAUCCUUGGCAGCACCAGCUGUGAAUCUAUGGUUAUAUCAAAAUAUAUAUAUGAGCAUGAGUUUUUUCCAGAAGUUCCAUUUAUAAACUUACUCUCGAACAUGGAUAAUGGCUGUCAAGGUUAUCACGAUCCGAUUACUGUUAGAAUGAUGAAUGAUACUCGAUAUAUAUUGGUGGUAACAACAUGUUCCAAAUUUAUGACAGGAAAUUUUUCAAUUGAAAUACUUGGUAAAAACAAGGUCACUUUUCAGUCUGUCAAUGCGUCUUCUACUAUUUCCUCGACAUACUCAUCACAAAUAACAAAUGAUAGUAAAACAUACUAUAAAGACUGCACCAUGUCACCUUAUUACUAUGAAGCUGUUCGACUAACUGUACCGACAAAUGCAGUUUAUGCUUUUUCUACUAAAAGAGCAGAAACGAGAGUAACAGCAUAUAUCUACAAACAUCAAUUCGAUCGAAUACAACUACGAAGAAAUCAGAUUUCAGUCAAAUAUUACGGCUGUAAUUUUCCUAAUUAUGAUGGAUUCACAGCUAUGCUUCAAGCGAAUAUCACGUAUAUAUUAGUUGUAGCAGAUGUUAGACCAAUGGUGACGACCCCAUUUUCAAUUACAGUAUAUGGGUCGACAAAUGUCACUUUGGAAGCGUUUAGUGACAAUUCAACUUAUUGUUAUAUUGGUGGUCCAUGUGAGACUCACCUGAAAAGUAUAGGUCUCACUCUUGAUGAUAUUUUAUAUUAUAAAAUUAAUCGAAACAUGACGAUCAAUGGUCAAUCGCUGGCUAUUAAGAUUAGUGGUGCAUUAACAAUCAUCAUGUUUGUUGUUGGUGCCAUCAGUAGUGCUUGUUCAAUUUUGACUUUUCAAAAUGAAAAGCUGCGACAAGUUGGAUGUGGAUUAUAUCUUUUGGCAUCAUCAAUCACAUCUCUUGCCACUAUCACUCUAUUUACAAUCAAAUUUUGGUUUGUUAUCAUUACACAAAUGGAUACAUCUAUUCGUCUAUCUAUUCUUGAAAGUGGUUGUAAAUCGAUUGAUACUCUGCUCAAAUUUUUUUUUUGUUGGGAUGCUUGGCUCAAUGCAUGUGUAGCUGUGGAACGUGCAGUUAGUGUUCAUCGAGGAAUCAAUUUUAAUAAAGACAAAAGUAAGCGUUAUGCACGAUUGGUUAUAUUCAUUUUACCGUGUUGCGUCAUGGCUACACUCAUUCAUGAACCAUUAUAUCGUCUUGUCUUCAGCUAUGAAACAAUGGAAAGACAGACAGUCAUUGAUGUUGAAAGAAUUCCAGCAGACAGUGUUACUGGCAAAUAUGCUGUAUGCAGAACAUCUUAUUCAUCAUCAGUUCAAGAUUAUGACACAGUUAUUCUCUUCAUUCAUCUUGUUGGUCCAUUCAUCAUUAAUCUUCUUUCUGCUUUAUUCAUCAUUAUUAGAAAUGCUCGACGACGAUUAGCAGCUCAAAAGAAACAAACAUAUAAACAACAUAUUUGUGAACAAUGGAAGGAACAUAAACAACUCAUCAUUAGUCCUAUCGUCUUACUUCUUCUAUCAACACCACGUUUGAUCGUCUCAUUAUUAUCUGCAUGCCUCAAGGUAGCUGAUUAUGCAUGGUUGUAUCUAUCAGCAUAUUUUAUAUCAUUUUUACCAUCAAUACUCAUAUUUGUUAUAUUUGUUAUUCCAUCGACAUCAUACAGAAAAACAUUCAAAGAAGCAUUCUUUCGAAUUUUUCGAAAACAACGAUCAUAG